UGGAUGAAUAACUAUCAAGAGUUCAUCAACAAACUUCAAAUGAACUUCGGUCCUCACGAUCCUGUGGGUGACACCGAACCGGGUUUGCGUGUGGGUGAUUAUCCCACCUACAAUGGGCACCACAUCAAUAAGUACAUCAUUGAGUUCAACCGACAUGCAUCUCAACUUCAUGGUUAUGGAGAAGCCAUGCUCCGUCAUUUUUUCUAUAAUGGAUUGCCGGAAUGUAUCAAGGACAAUAUUGCCAGAGUAGGUAAACCUUCUACUCUUUCGGAACUUUGCACCUUGUCACAAACUUUUGAUGCAUGCUAUUGGGAGCGUAAAUCCAAAGUGACA